AUGGCGCAUCGUACGGCGACAACAGGUGCCCUUCUGGCCCUGAACGCCUUCGGCGUCCUAUCCAUAGGGGGCCUUCUCUUCCUAAACGGCUGGAUGGACAUGAAGGACGACCUCAUGGCACAGCCGGAGCCAAUGCUCCCGGGCGCAGGUGGCCCGGCUCGAACGUACUUUACGGGAUCUGCGGCGCUCGAUGAGGCCCUCACAGGCAUACUCAAGUUCUUCUAUCCCUGCGUCAGCGGUGAGAUGCCUGCGCUGUCGCUCUUCACGGCAUACAUGGCCGGCCAGGUGCUGCCAAUACACACGGCGCUGCUACUCGAAAGCUCACGAGCUGGCCAUCGUAGUACGAUGCUCGCUUUCGUACAUCUGGCUCUCGCCUUUGGCGAAGCCAACGCAACCCAGGACGUCGCGUUCUGCAAACCAGCUGUCCACAGACUUAGCACGCCUACAGACCACUUCGAGUGCCAUGCUCCUUGCUUUGUUCUGCCGUCUGUCCUUCCAGCGCUGCCAUCCCCUUCAGUCAUAUCGCGCGAUAGCCAGCAAAUCUUUCUCGCCCUGUGGCAGGUCUUCCCCAUCUGGGUGUCCCUGUCGCAUUGGUUUCUCGCGGCGGCAGCCCGGACAUUCGGCUUCGCGGCUGGUCCGACGCAUGUCUCACCAACGGCAUCGCUGCAAUCUUUGCGUCAAGCUUAUAGGACAACGCUCAAGUACACGUCUCUUGUGCACUUUGGAGUUCUUGCGCUGGCGACGUUUCCCCAGCUGAGACCUGUGGUCUACGGAGGCCUGCUCCAGGAGCGGGUCAGUCUCUGGGACAUGUUUGUGCCUCCAUCCGCGCUCUCGCCCAAGCAGAUCAAGACGAUGGCGGAAGGGAGCUUGACACUGCUGCAGUACGACCUUUACUGUGCUUGCGCAGCUAUGGCUAUUUUGGUGUCGUACCUGGCUUACAUCGUCGGCGGUCUGAACAGGGCUGCUGUCCUGAGUACGAUCGGUGGGCUUCUGCGCCGCAGUGUGGUUGUCGGUCCUGGAGGAGCGGUGCUGUGGGCGCUCUGGGAUCGGGACGAAGAGGUGCUGGCCGGGGGGGGAUGA